AUGGGGUUUUCGACGCUGCCGACGUCGGCGCGCUUGACGUACCUCGCGCCGGCGCCGCAUCUGGACGACGCCGUGCGCGCGAUCUUUGCGCAGGAAGCCAACAUGCGAUACAUUCCGUUUCUCUGCAACCUCUCGGACGACGCGUGGGCGAGCCGGCGGUCGUCGCACCGAAGCAUGAUGGCCAGCUGCGAAGGCGCCUUCUUGGACGUCAUCGAAACGAGCUCGGGCGCGGUUGUUGGUACGACCGGCUUUCGCGUCAUGAACGUAGCCACGGGCGAGGGCGAGUGGGGCGUCAUUCUCUCCGAGACGGCCCAAGGCAAGGGCUACUGCCGCGAGAUGCACGACGCAACCAUGGUCUGGGCCAAGUCGAUUGGCCUCCAUCGGAUCACGGCGGCGACGUGGGAGUCGAACGCGCGCAUGAACCAGCUCCUACGACAGUACGGCUGGACGUUCCUUGAGACCAUCGUCAACGAGCUCGGGACGUGGAACGAGUACGAAUAUGUCCUUCAAUAGAUAGACAAGUUGUGCAGUAAUGAACCA